AUGUUUAGGAGGUUUUACUCGUCGGGGUUUCGUCCGGGCGGUUCUAACUACACAUACAAGUCCUUUACAAACAAUGGCUAUGGAUACAAUUGGAAUUCCUACCGAAAGCCGCUUGUUGGCUUCUUAGCACUGGGGGCCGGGUUUUAUGCAGUCAAUCUGGAGCAAGUGCCAUUCUCGCACCGGUGGCGGUUCAUGAUGUGUCCCAGGUGGCUCGAAAAGCAGGUGGGAUACAUGGGAUACAAGCAGGUCAUGAUGCAGUUUGGCCGUAGCCUGCUACCGGACAAUCAUAGUGAUGUGCGUCAGGUACGGGAGGUUAUGAAGCGCCUGAUCGCAGUCAGCGGCAUUCAAGAUGCGGAGUGGGAGGUGCACGUUAUCGGAGGAAACAACCCGCCCAACGCAUUUGUACUGCCUGGCGGAAAAGUGUUUGUUUUCCAGAGCAUGUUGCCGCUCUGCCAGGACGCCAAUGGGCUUGCUGCAGUGUUGUCGCAUGAAACCGCACAUCAAGUAUGCCGCCACAGCGCAGAGUCCUUGUCCAAGAGCCCAUUUUAUCUUGCAAUCUCGCUGGCGCUCUACACAAUGUUUGGCUCGGCGCAAUUGGGCGAUAUCCUUAUCGGCAUGGGCCUGAAACUGCCUGCGUCACGUGAGAUGGAAACCGAAGCAGACCGGGUGGGGGUCAUGAUGAUGGCCAAGGCCUGCUUCCAGCCCGACGCCGCAGUCGCCUUCUGGCAGCGUAUGCUUGCAAUGGAGAAGCGCAAAGGCGAGUGGGCUCCCGAGCUGCUGAGCACACAUCCGGCGUCGUCACGACGAAUUGAAAACAUCAAACAGGAGCUGCCAGAGGCUCGCCAGAUUUUGCAGGAAAGCUGUGGUGGUGGGUUUAACGUAUGGGGGUUUCGCUAA